AUGCCUGAUAAGAUCGAUAAACUGAGAACAAAAGUUAGAAAAGCCUGUGACAAUUGUCGAAAAAGAAAAUUACGGUGUACUGGGAAACAACCAUGUUCUACUUGUGAAGCUUAUUCAUGUCCAUGUAUAUAUUCUGCAAGAUCUUCAACAGCUAAACGUGGUCGUGCAAAGAAGAUUCGAAUGCAUAUACCAAUUACUUUAUCAAAUAAAGCAUUACAAGAUACUACUAUACAAAACAAUGAUGAUGAUGGUGAUGAUGACAUUGAUUCAGUCGACAAUACGAGUAACAUAAGAAACAACAAUAGUAAUGGUACUGUAGGAGAUAUAUCACAGGAAGAUGGUAAAUCACUCCCGGCACCUACUUCUGUUCCUUAUAUGAAUGCUAGUAACACUAUGCAUCUACCAGAAUCUACAUUACAAUCUCCGACUUUUUAUAAUAAUAAACAGAAUCUCACAAAUGAUAUUAAAUCCCAUAUGAAUCCAACUACGGAGAUUAAUACUACAAACGGUGGUAACUCUAGGAGUCCAUCUGCAAUUCCAAAAUAUCCACAUGUAGCAGAUUUUAUAACACAAGUUCCACCCUUAAUAACAGGGAAUAAUCAAUUAUAUCAGGAUGACAUUGCAUUUCAAAUGAAAAUUAAUUCAUUAGCUACAGCGUUGGAGUCAUUGAAAAGUAUUACAUUCCAAGACCAAUCAAUUUCUCAAAGUAUAGAGAAAAUCACAAAUCAAAUUAAUGAACUUGUAGAUAGUUGUAAACCUCAACUUGAUAUGCCUGCAUUCUUAGAGAAGAGUCAUCAGAAACGUACAUCACCUGCUUCUGAAAAAUCCUUAGAAACAUCCUUAUUACGUAAUAAAUAUACCGAUCGUGUUUGUUUAACGCGGUUUGCUAUUUGGUCAGAUUCAACUGUUAAAAAUAAUAAAACAAAAGAAAAGACUACACAAUUUGAAUCUGAAGAACCUUUAAUUACUGAAAUGUUUGGUUUAUAUUCACCAUUUCAAGCUAUUUCAUUUAGAGGUAUUGGUUACGCUUGUUUAGAUCAUUUACGCAGAAAUAAUGGACAAAUUAAACGUCAAGUGAAAGAGACUCUGUAUUUGAUUCUAAGAUAUUUUGAUAUGUGUUUUAUUCAAUUGAAUGAAGGGAAGAGUCUUAUUGCUAAUCCUCUUGAUAAUUAUUCCAGUAGAAAGAGUUUACCGGCGAUGCCUCAAAGUCCUGAUGCACCAAUUAUGACACCUUCACCUGGACCAUCAGGUGGUUUCACUAUUGGCGGUGGUAAUGGUGUUCAUGGCGUGGGAACUAAUGGUAGUACAGGGAGUGCCUCAUCUAGUAAACGUAACACAAUUGUUCAGUUCAUAAGGAGAUUCCCACAACCAUUUGUAUAUGAAAUAUCAGGAGUCACCUCGGAGAUGUUAUUAGAUAAUAUUGGAGAUCCAUUGACAAUUUUCCAAUUGUUAUUAAAAAUAUUUAAUGAAUUUAAAACAGCUUAUGAGUCCUUCAUGGUAGAGAUGACUUCUUGUACAUUACGUCUUGAAAAUAAAGUUCCUACAUUCUCAAAUCAGGUAAUUCAAAAAUUGUUAUUUUUUUCGGAGACUGAACAAUUAUUAUUCCCAUUGUGUUAUCAAUAUUAUAAUGAAACCCAAUUCUUCUAUUAUAAAUCACCUCGAAGUAUCGAUUAUGUGGAGUUGUUGCUAUCAUUGGUCGACAAGCAAUUGGCUUCUUAUGAUUACUAUAGUGCCACGUUGUUGAUGGAUGCUGCAGUGAAUAGAGCAUUAAAAAUGGGUCUAUAUAGAUGGGAAUAUUAUGUUGGAUUAGAUGAAGCCAAUGCAGAAAGGAGAAGACGUAUUUGGUGGGGAUUAUAUUAUUUUGAUAAGUUAAUAUCUGUUACAUUGGGUGAACCUUCCACAAUUAACGAUUCAAUAAUGUCCUGUUUAUUACCACCUGUAUUUAGAGAUAUUGGAUUUUUAGAUAGUAAGACAUUUGUACGUAAUGUCCAUUUAUUCAAUUUAGAAUCUGCAUUCGAUAAUAUGGACAUUGAUACAUUGGUCCAUUACGGUAGACUAGGGAUUAUUCAAUUGGUAAGUGAUUUCCAAAUCAAUGUACUGUACAAUGAAAAGUAUACUUCCAUCAGGAAUACAGCAGUACCACCAUUGGUGAAAAGUAGAUUAUUCCAAGAAUUAGUUGGUGAAUAUGACUUAUUAAGGACUAAAUUGCAAGCAUUACGUAAUCAUUGUUCCAGAUUAUUCGAAUUAGCGUCCAGUGUACGUAAUGCAAAUGGUGAGGCUGUAUUAAACGAUAAAGUAUAUCAUAACGAUGAGAUUAAUGCUGCCUCUAGGUUUAGUUGUUCGUUCGAAUUCCAUUUCUCUGUUGUCCUUUCGACAAUUGAUAAUUUAGAGGCAAGGUUGUCUUCACCACCUUACACAAAACCUCAAUUUACUGCCGUUGCUGAUAUUUUCCACGAAAUUUAUUAUUCAUGGAAUAGGAUGAAUCUUUUCUUAAGCAAUGUCACAAACGAUUAUUCUUUCAUUAGGGUAUUCAUGUACUUCCGUUGUGUUACCAUCCUGUUUAUAACUAAAUCGGACGUAUUAAAGGCAAUGAUUACCAGAGAUGAUCUGAGGUCUAUGGUCUUGGCAUUACAUAAACUAAGAUGUUUAUGGAUUCUAACUUUGCAUGAGAAUUAUCCACAGGUAAGAGAAUCCUCGUUAUACGGGGAAUAUUGUAAAAAUUUAUCAUUUUUAUGUUUGGCAUGUCGUAUUCUAGUUCAUCAAUAUUUGAACCAACAUUCUAUUGAAAUGGAAGAAUUGCUAACUUGGUUUCAACAGAACUCCCCAGAAUUGGUGGAUACCUUUAGAAGCUGUAUCGAUAUUUCUUCACCAACUUACAAAUAUUUAUUGAUGCCUGUUCAAAGAUCUGGUUUCCAUUUGCAUGUAAGAAGAAUGUUAGAAUCGAACUUUUUGAGUAAGGCAAAGACUAAAGCAAAACAAAAUAAGAAAUCCAAACAUCCAACUUCAAGAUCAGAACCUAUAAAUAUGCAUCCUCCAAUGGUAUUUGCUAGUCCCUUGACACAUAACACUACACCACCUCCACCAAUUCAUCCAAAUUCAGUACCCAUGGGCGGUAUGCCAAUUCCAAACACUGGAUAUAGAGGUGUAGUACCAGUUUCCAAUUUGAUUACACCUGAUAUGUCAAACUCUGCUCAUCCAGUAGAGGGGCUAAAUAACAUGCCAAUGCCACCCUACAGUCAUUCUGGUACCGGAUUUGGUAUUCCACCAAAUGGUGUUCAUGAUCAUCCUGGAGUUAAUCCAAACAUGUCUCCAGGACAUAGAAGCUCAAUGUUCCCAUUUGGAGAAAACAGUAAUCCUUCCGAAGCCUAUAUGCAAAAUAUGAACUCUCAAGGCCCACGGUCGUUAGCGGCAUCAUUUAACUUGGGGACAUUAGACGAGUUUGUGAACAGUGAUAUUGGUAGCAUAUAUAAUAUCCUAUGGAGUGAUUUGUAUCCAGAAGGCGACAACCUCAAUUAG